GGUACAUUCAGCCGUUGCGCUACCUUUCACGUGAGUAGCGUAUGGUGUUUGAACAAGGUUUAUAGGUAUCACCACCUACCGACGAACCAAUGGCCUCCAGUUCAGAGUCAGAAAAUGGCACAAGCCAAGAAGUUUUCCAUAAAGAUGCACCAAAAGUUAGCAGACGGCAAAAGAGUUUGUUUGUUUCUGUAUCAUCAACCACCUGGGGAUUACCAGAACCGGUUCUUCGUGUCGGUAAUCGAACUAUAUUUACACAUGGACGUCCACCAUGGUAUAAUGUUGAAGGACAAACUCAACAACCACUUGUAAUUGGUAUAUGUGGUGGAAGUGCUAGCGGUAAAACUUCAGUUGCACGUGCAAUCAUUGAAAGUUUGGAUGUACAAUGGGUCAGUUUGUUAAGUAUGGAUUCAUAUUAUAAGGUUCUCAAUUCAGAACAAAAACUUCAAGCCGCUGCGUGUAAAUAUAACUUUGAUCAUCCGAAUGCAUUUGAUUUUGAUCUGCUUGAAGCUCAUUUACGGAGAUUAAGAGAAGGCAAAACGAUCGAAGUGCCCGAGUAUGAUUUUAAAACGCACUCGCGUACUUCAAAAACGAAUACAGUUUAUGGGGCUAAUAUAAUCAUUAUUGAAGGAAUAUUGGCGUUCUAUUCGCAAGGAGUGACUAAGUUGAUGGAUUUGAAGGUGUUUGUUGAUACUGACGCUGAUGAACGCUUAGCUCGUCGUCUUCGUCGUGAUAUCACUGAACGUGGACGGGAGUUGAAUGAUGUCCUUGUACAAUAUUCACGUUUUGUUAAACCAUCUUAUGAACAAUUUAUUGCUCCAAGCAUGGCUCAAGCAGAUAUUAUUAUACCAAGAGGUGGACAGAAUAUCGUCGCUCUACAACUGAUUGUCCAGCACAUCAAUAAACGUUUAAAACAGUGUGGACUAUGCUCUCGACAUGAAUUAGCCAAAUUUCCACCUGGACAAAUGAAUGGUAUAGUGUCAUCAGCUGAUUCAAAUGGUGGUACAAAUUGGGAAGGUCAUUCCAAGGAUAAAAGAGAUGGUGAUGUUGAUAAUGCUACACAUGAUUGUCAUCGUCUUCGUAACAGUAGUAGACAACAAUACCUUAACAAUAGUAUGUCUGAUAAAAUAUGUCUUCCACCACAAUUACACGUCCUACCAACUACACCUCAACGACUUGGCUUGCAUACAUUAAUACGUGAUCGAAAUACAGACCAAGAUGCAUUUGUCUUUUAUUCUGAACGGUUAAUGCGACCUCUGUGUGAAGCUGCAAUGAAUUUACUUCCACAUAUGGAUGUGGAUAUUGAAACUCCUCAGGGUAUUACUUAUCGUGGUCGACAGUUAGCUACAGGUACUCAGGUAUGCGGUGUAUCCAUUCUGAGAGCUGGUGAAGCCCUGGAACCAGCAUUAUGCGCUGUAUAUAAAGAUGUUCGUUUGGGUAAAAUUUUAAUACAAACUAAUCCUGACACCGGUGAACCAGAACUACACUAUAUUCGUCUACCUCGUGAUAUAAAGGAUUGUUUUGUUAUCCUAAUGGAUGCUACUGUGGCCACCGGAGCUGCUGCAAUUAUGGCUAUGCGUAUUUUAGUGGAACAUGAUGUCCCAGAAGAUAGAAUCAUUCUUAUUUCAUUGAUAAUGGCUACUCAAGGUGUACAUUCUGUUGCUUAUACAUAUCCAAAGGCACAUAUUGUUACUACAGCUGUUGAUCCUGGUCUAAAUGAAAGUUAUCAUAUUAUACCGGGUGUUGGAAAUUUCGGUGAUCGAUAUUUUGGUACUACACUGGAUUGUCUCCCAGAAACUAGGUGAUGAAUUUUCCAGAAAAACAAAGUAUAAAUAAAUAUUUUGUUUCUUUGUCUGUCUGUCUGUCUGUUUGUCUUGUCUUGUCGUCUCUUGUCUUGCCUAACAAAAAAAGAUAAAUAGCCCAGGAAACAGACAGUUUCUGUAUGUUUCAUCUCAACUUCAUUCUCUAACUUGUAACUAUCAUCUUUGAUGACUCUUGCUUGCAUCUGUUGCAAUUUCUGUUCAAGUUAUCUUGUAUGAAAUAAUAUCUCUGUCUUAUAUGGAUAUAUAUAUAUAUAUAUAUUUUAGGAGUCCAUAGUGUUUUUAUUAUUAUUAUUAUCAUGAUCGAUAUUGACUACCCUUUUGUGGAUUAUUAUUUUUUGAAGCUCUAAACACGAGGAUGAAAAUCAGACCACAUAUAAUUGUUUUAUUUUUCUGUUGCAUUUUAGAUUUUUAUUUGCUUGUCACUCUUCAAACCUACUAAUACUACCUAGUCCUGUAGUGUUUUAAUCAAGUCUAGUCCCAUUCUAUCCAUCCAUCUAUCCAGCAUUCAAGCAUCCAUCCACCCAUCCAUCUAUGUCGAUUUUAAUCCAUCCAUCUAUCUAUCUCUGGGCUUAAUUAUAAUAUCUCUUUAUUAUUAUUACUACUACUUAUUUUUAAUCCCCCCUCCCCCCCGGCAAACAGAAUAUGUAUACAAAUUAACGUACAACAUUCGCUCCCCUCCCACCGGGUUUUUUUGUUCCAUAAUGUGUACCAUUGUGUUUUCUUUUUACUUUAAUUUACACCUUAUUUGUUUUUUUCCCUACUAAUAUGCUUUUUAUUUUAAAUUGAAUCAUGAGUUGACAUCAAUUAGCGAAGACUAGCAAAUUGUUGUGAGAACCACUGUUUCGUCCCGUGUUUGGCGAUGACUGACUCUUCAACACUACACACGCAUAACUCUACUGUCAGAGAAAAAGUGAAACCAAGUUGUUCAGCUAUGGAAGAGUCAUUUGAAGAGUCAUUUCCAAACAAGGAUGCAAGAUAAUAUAUCUGUCCACAAUACACUAACCUUGUUGGGUUUUUUUUUCUUCACUGGAUUGAUUUUCCUACAAACUAACCUUUAGAAAUACUACUGUUACGUAAUCACUUUUAUUAUUUAUUAAUAUUAUUAUUAUUAUAGUUAUUAUUAUCAUUGAUUUCGCUGUCCACCUUGUCUUCUUUCUCAAUCUCUUUUGCUGUAAAUUGAUCUGAAAGGCUUCUCUGUUUGGAAGCAUGGUGUGCAUAUGUAUAUAUACACAUACAUGUAUCUAUGUAUGAUAUAGGAAUAUUGGAUUAUGAAAACGGGAUUAUAGUAGAGGGUAGAUUGUAUAGAAAGGUAUUUUUUUCUCAAUCUAUCCUCUUAGUGAUAUAUUCUUUUGCUUUUCUCUGUCUUAUACUGAUUAAUAUUAUUGUUUAAUUAUAUCUGAUCCGAUUCUAGUUUAUAUAUAUAUUACAUGUUGUUGUGUGUUGGUUGCAGAGUGAGUGAGAAUUUGUUUUUUCUUGACUUCUCAAAACUUUCAUUCUAUUGUAUUGUCUUGUAUGUAUGUGUUUGUGUUGGUUUGAUUUUUUACUCAUGAUUUUUAGAAAAUAAUAUUAUUUC